ACUCUAUUGGGCCGGUUAACCCAGCAACCCACUAUGCCAUGCUGGUGUUGUGUGUUUAUAUAUCACAAUUGUUUUUAGGGUUUCUAAUAUUGGAUAAGACGCGUUUUCUCAGAGAUCGUUGUCUUCUUCACCUUGGCGUCUAUUGAUUUUGUAUUUUCAGCGGUGCUCUUCUCUGCCCUGUUGGAGUUUAAAGCAAAGUUUCCAGCAGCAACUAAUCCUAAUCUCAUCUCCAAAGUUUCCAGCAGCAAUCUCAUCUCCAAUGGAUCUUGCUAACAAGGGCCAUCCCGUAAGCCAUAAGCAAACAGAUCUUGCUAACAAGGGCCAUUCCCUAAGCCAUAAGCCCCGUUCCCACUGCCAUAAGGUCUGCACUAAAUUAACAGAACGUGCUAACAAGGGCCAUUCCCAAAGCCAUAAGCCUCGUUCCCACCGCCAUAAGAGUAGGUCAGAAAGAAAAUUUUCUAAAAAACACUACUCAGAUAGCUCGGAUAGCUCCGAUAGCUCGGAAACGGAAACCUCUGAUAGCUCAGAUAGUUCGGAUAAUGGUUAUAGCUCAGUAAGCUCACACAGCUCAGAUAGUUCAGUUGAUAAGAAACUUGAAGGAUCAGUUGACAAACGCAUUUUAUCACUGUUAAAAUUAGCUGAUGUACUGGGAUAUCCUUACGAAGAGUAUAGGCCAGCCCUUAAUGGCAUAACUGACCAGAUGAGCCGGAACGAUGUGUUACUUAUAAUGGGUUUUCAAUAUUUAUCCGGCAGACAAGAUCGAUUUGAUGCUGCAACUAGAAUGGAUGAAACAACAGAUGAAAGAAGAGAUGAGGAGAAUCAGAGUUCCAAGAAAAAGAGAAAGAAGAACAGCCGUGGAACUGAUGAAAGAAGAGGCAAGAAAAAUGAGAGUUCCAAGAAAAAGAGAAAGAAGAACAGCCGUGGAACUGAUGAAAGAAGAGGCAAGAAAAAUGAGAGUUACAAGAAAAAGAGAAAGAAACACAGCCAUGGAACUGAUGAAAAAAGAGGCAAGAAAAAUGAGAGUUACAAGAAAAAGAGAGAGAAGAACAGUCUUGGAGCUCUUGAAAGAAGAGGCCACAAAGAAGAAUGGGAUUGAUUUCCAUAAAACAAAGAAAGAAGAACAGCUAUUAGUCUUGCUGCGUUUCUAAAGUACCCUACUAUUAAUUAUAGGUUGGAGUUAUGUAUGUAAGUGGUUCAUGUAUGAGAUGGCGAGAAAAUCGCUCUAUCCUUAUUUCUAAAUAUUUGUUACUAGGGGGGUGUUUGGUGGGGGUUGACCCACGAAUCCGCUAAUUCAAAUCAACCCAUAAAUUACUAGAAGUAUCGGGUUUGAGUUUUGUAAUCCGUUGACCCAAUCCAUAUAUAUGAAUGAGUCGGUUUUGAUAA